AUGUGGUCGACUGUGUUUUCCGUGGCAGCUGGGCUGGCCAGUCUGCCAUUGACUCAUGCCUUUAACAAUCCUCCAGGUGUGGACAUCUGGUGCGGCAAGGCUUAUCGAGCAAGCAAUGCUUCAUUCAACCCUGGUGGAUGGUUUGAGCAGCCCUCGUACUCCUCUACUCCCCUGCUCGACCUCAAGGUCCGGCCGCGAAUGAGCAUCUAUCUCGAGACAGAUGCAAAGGGUAGCCUUCUCGUUGACACCACCGUCUCUCACAUCGUCGGUGAUUCUCUACCAGUUCAGGGCCGGACAAACUACACAUACCAGCACCUCCAUCUAGACAUCCACAUCCUCAGCGACGAGACCCAAAUUGCAUCUAUCUCCAACCAUUCCCUGCCACUCGACACCACCAAAGCCGAAAUCCCCCUCUCCUUCGACUUCCUCACCCCAAAACUAACCCCCUACACCAUCACCACCACCGCCACCCUCAUCAACAGUAUCACCAACACCACCUUCACCACCACCUCCGAGCUCUUCUACCUCCCCCAACGCACCGACGGCGGCAGCGCCACCCGCAUCGACCACCGCACGGGCAUACUCUCCUACAUCCAGGACCAAUCCGUAACCUGGACCCCAAUCUUCCCCUACACCUACUACGCCCAAUGGUCCCUCUACUGGGACACCAACACCAGCACCCUAGAAACAUUCACCUCCCAAGGCUACAACGUAAUCCACAUCGUCCCCACAGGCACCCUCAGCGACACGCCGUUCCCCUGGUCCACCAUCGACCCCUACCUCACCACCUCCGACAAACAAAACCUCCACCUCCAAUAUGACGUCCUCUUCGACCCUACAAACCUCACCAAACUCACCGACCAAGUCACACACAUCCACACCCACCCCUCCCUGCUCCUAUACUACACAGCCGACGAACCAGACGGAAAAGGCAACCCCCUGAACUCGACCCGUCUGGCGUACGACCUCAUCCGCUCCAUGGACCCGUACCAUCCGGUGUCUCUAGCUCUGAACUGUAAGGACUUCUAUUAUGAGGAGUAUGCCUCCGGGGCGGAUAUUAUCCUGUCGGAUGUGUAUCCCGUCGCGACGAAUACUUCCUGGUCGACUGUGUAUGACACGCCGUGUAAUGCUACGUAUGGGUGUUGUGGGUGUGAUGAUUGCAGGGGUGAGUUCGAGGAUGUAAGUGAUAGGUUGGAUCAGUUCUAUGAAUUUGACGCGGUUGUUGGUUGGGAGAAGGUGCAUUGGGGCGCGCCGCAGGCGUUCGGGGAGGAGACGUUUUGGACGAGGUAUCCUACGGCUGAGGAGGAGGUGGUUAUGGUUAUGUUGAGUGUCAAUCAUGGCGCGAUGGGCAUUGUUAUGUGGGAUUAUCCGAGUAGUGAUGGGAUUGAGAGGGUUACGCGGGAACUGGCGCCUGUGGUCACUGGGGAGGUGUUUGUGGGGUUUUUGGAGGAGGGGGCUAGAAGGGUGGGGGUGGUGAAGGGGGCAGGGAGGGUGGAUGUUGCGUGGUGGGUGGUGGAAGGGGAGGGAAGGGCGUUGGUGAGUGUGGUUAAUUUGAAUUAUCGGGGGACUGGGGAGGUCAGGGUGGGUUUGGGGGGUGUGAGGGUGGCUGGGGUAGAGAAGGUGCUUUGGGGUGGGCAGGGAUGGGAUGUCAAGGAUGGGGAGUUGGUUAGGGAGGGGUUGGGAGGGUUGGAGGCGGGUAUUUUAGUGGUGGAUUUGGUGUAG